AGUUCGACGACGUUACGUAUAUCAGUAAAGCGGAAGUGCCGGUAAAGGCUGUGAGCUUUUUAUAUACAGUCUGGCUGUGAGCUGUGUGUUGUUCCUCUUGAAUGCCACUCGUUUUGAAAAGGUGUCAUCAUGUCAAAGCAGCCGUUGGGGAAGACGUUGCUGAGGAAUGUAAUCCGCCACACAGAUGCCCACAACAAGAUCCAGGAGGAGAUGGAGAUGUGGAAAAUGCGAGACUGGGAGACCGCAACAUCCCACCACAAACAUUUGUCAGAUACGGAGUGUGUGAGGGGGCGAGUGAAUCGAGUACCAGAUCAACCCAGAGACUUGAGUCGAAGCAGAGAGCGAAUCUCAGAACAUGAUGACAGAGAGGCUCGAUACUGGUCUCGCAAACUGUAUGAAUUUAAGGCCAGUGAUCCUGACAGAUGGGGACAUAGUGGCUUCAAGGAGCUUUAUCCGGAGGAGUUUGAAAGUGACAGUGAAAAAAACAGUGCCACGAAGAAAACUGGGCACCACAAAAUGAAAAAGUCCAAGUCUGACACGGAAGCAAGCUUAUCAAAAAGGUCAAAAAAAUCUCGAAAGAAGAAAAAGAAAAGGAAAAGGAAAGGCGAGGAAGGAAAGCGCAAGAAAGCGGAGAGCACGAGCAGCAGCGAUGACAGCAGUGCUGCCAACGAGAAGCAGAGUAAAAGGACUAAAAGUCGUCAUAAAAACAAGAAAAUGGCUAAAACUAGAGAGAGGGAUGAGGACAGUAGCUUAGGGGACAGUGAUGAUGAAAGAGAAAGGGAGAGACGGACUCACCGUCGCAAAAAGCGAAAGCAGGACUCCCACAAAGACUCAGACUCGGGGCCGAACUCAAUAAAGAAGAGGAGGAAAAACUGGAAAGCAGCAGGUGAGGACAGCUCAGAUGAUAGUUCUGGAGACUGAGAUGCAUAACCAUGGACAGACGCACAGCUCAGGAAACAACCAGGAAAACGACUGCAGAUUCCUUUGUUCGCCUUAAAAUUCACACGGGGCUUUUCUCUACCCAUUCUGUUUUGUACUUUGUUAGACAUCAACAAACCUGCGCUCUCGGCCCUCUCUGUGGGCGUUCUGUGAAGCAAUUCCACAUCCACCUCUGCAGUGGCUUGAAGCACACUGAUCGGCAGUACAGACAGCAGGCAGCAUGGAGAGGGAUGGUGCGGUACCUGCCUCAUGCUUCAUGGAGAAUUCUGUCAGCUGCAGGCUCAUUGAUUGAUCAUUUAGUUUCUCCUCAUUCGGUCUGCCUCACAAGGAGACCCUUUGUCUCCCAAGUUUCCUCACCAAUUAUUAUAGGAUGUGCAUUGUAUUUUAUUCAUUUUGUUUUUAAUUUGUAUUAUAUUUGUAUGCAGCACAGCAAUUUCCAUACAGGUCUGUAUUAUUCUGAAUCAUACAUCUGUUGUCAAAUAAAUUAGAGAAUAUACUUUAACAGAAA